AUGGCUGCGGAACUGACGUCCACCAAGCUUAAUGCGGAGAACCAUCUCCUACUGGAUCAACCCCUUCUCAAACUGCCCUAUGAGCUGUCACGGAGAAACUUCAAGUCCGUCCAGCGACUUGUCGAACGCGAGAAAGAUUACACUCUUCCGGCACUCAAGGACACCGCCAAUGCAUCACUAUCUAAUACUCAGACACCCGAUCAGACGAUCGCAGCGCUCGACGCGAUGAUAUCUCGGAUGCAGGGGCUCAAACGGAAGAUGGAAGGCUUGCACCAGGAGGAGAAGAAGAUACACGACCAAUCGAGGAAGCGCAUACACCAUCUGGAAUCGUUGCAUCAUAUCCCUAGUCUGGCAGACGUGAAGUAUGAUCAGUGGUCGAGAGUACGGCUUGACCGACUGAUAGUUGAUCAUAUGCUACGGUCUGGUUACACGGAGAGUGCUCAGCAGCUGGCGAAAGAGAAAGACAUCGAAGACCUGGUAGAUCUCAACGUCUUCGUGCAGUGCCAGCGGAUUGCGGAGAGUCUUCGUCGAGGAGAGACGAAGGAUGCUCUGCAGUGGUGUAGUGAGAACAAAGCAGCAUUAAAACGCAGCCAGGUCCGUCCAUCCGUCCGUUUGAUUCUCCCCUCCCAUCUUCAUUCACGGUUGGCGCCAUCCAUUGAAGACCAAAGGCAAAGGCUAACUCGCCAUGUACAGUAUAAUUUAGAAUUCGAAUUGCGGCUGCAACAGUACAUUGAAAUCAUUAGGACUGGCGAUCGAACCAAAUAUGUUGACGCAAUGAACCACGCGAAGAAGUAUCUCACUCCGUACAUCGACACACAAUCGGCCGAAAUACACCGGGCUGCAGGGCUUCUUGCCUUCCCUCGGGACACAAAGGCUGAACCUUAUAAGUCCUUGUAUGCCCCAGAAAGAUGGUCUCGGUUGUCUGAGCUCUUUGUUCGUACCCACCAUGAAUUGCUGUCCUUGCCAUCGCGGCCGUUGCUACAUAUCGCCUUGUCCGCGGGGCUAUCGGCUCUCAAAACACCCGCAUGCCAUUCGGCUUAUACUUCCUCGAGUUCCAAUUCAUUAUCUACCACGACAUCCGUCUGUCCGAUAUGUUCCACCGAACUCAACGAGCUUUCGCGCAGUCUGCCGUACGCACACCACACGAAGAGUUAUGUGGAGAAUGACCCGAUCGUGCUACCGAAUGGCAGGGUAUAUGGCCAACACCGGUUGCUCGAAUUGAGCAAGAAGGUUGGCUGUGUUGAAGCCGGCAAGGUUAAGGAUCCUACCACUGGCGAGGUCUUCGACGAAAGCGAGAUGAAGAAGGUUUAUAUCAUGUGAUGGUUCGAGUUGAACAGAAAUGAAUCUAGGAUGUCACUUGUCACGUGUCUGGACCCUUUCUUCUGAUGCUAUUAACGACUCGGGUGUUUGAUGAGUACCUAUAACAGGUGGUAUUGAGAGUCAAUCGUCGUGAUUAUAAUUUUCUAGUCCCGUAAUAGACUAGUCGUCACCUUCGCUGUCAGACUCGUGCCUCGACCUCUUAUUUUUCGACGCCAUGUUUUGUUUCGCAAUCGCAGACCGAGAACGUUUGAGAGCCUUUUCGUCCUGCUUGACCUCGAAGACAUACAUCCUCGCUUCUCGAUCUUCGCCUCGCCACCCGCCUCUUCCUCCAUUCUUCCCUUCAAUCUCUCCGACGGUGCGCGCAUGCGCGUACUCCUUGUACGAAGCCCAGGGAAACUUGAAACUCGUCACGACACGCAAGCCAGCAUGACGGGCAAGAUCUUUGACGUUCCAAAGAGUAUAGGGUUCCCUUUCGAACAUAGUGACGAGGAUUUGGCCGGGGUCAGUCCGGAGCUUGCUUUCCGUACGGGCAGUGAUGUCCUUUGCACCGGAUUGGGACUGUCCAUCAUCCUCGUCCGACUCUUCUAGGUCACUCUCGGAUUCGGACAUCUCCCACUCAUCAUCAUCUACACCCUCGCUAUGCACACGGGGCGGAAGUGACAGUAAAGGCACGCAGGCUUUGAAAAACCC